AUGGGCACUGGGAUUGUGUCCAUCUUACUGCACAAUUUGCCUUACAGCACAGAGUGGAUGCGAUACAUUUCCAUUGCCAUCUUCGCCCUCAACAUUAGCUUGUUUUCCGUCUUCAUGACCAUCACAAUGGCACGGUAUAUACUGUACCCAGAGAUCUGGGCCGUCAUGAUCAAACAUCCGGCCCAGUCGCUCUUUCUGGGAUGCAUACCGAUGGGCUUUGCUACUAUUAUCAACAUGCUUGUCUUUGUCUGUGCUCGCUGGGGCAACUGGGCCAUAUAUCUGGCCUGGGGCCUCUGGUGGGUGGACGUGGCCAUGUCCUGCGUCACCAGCCUGACGAUUCCGUUCAUCAUGGUCCGUCUCCACAAGAACCAGCUGUCCAACAUGACCGCUGCCCUACUGCUUCCCGUCGUGCCCGUCAUUGUCGCCGCAGCGUCGGGCGGCAUCGUGGCCGAGGUUCUUCCCAACGACAACCAUGCUGUGAUCACCCUCGUGGUUUCGUACAUCAUCUGGGGGCUGGGCCAGGCCUUCUCUUUUCUCAUCAUGUCUAUCUAUUUCCUGCGCUUGCAAGUUCACGACCUGCCACCCCGCGAGGCCAUUGUGUCUGUGUUUUUGCCCAUCGGGCCGCUCGGUCAGGGCGGCUUCGCCAUUCAGCAGCUCGGCAAGGUGGCCAUUGGCCUGCUCCCCGUCACCGGUGCCUUCAACGGUGUCAGUAUACCGACCGGCAGCAGCAGUGCCAUGGCAGCCAGCGCCAUGAACGGUGGCGUUGUCCUGUACAUGGUAGGCAUUCUGUGCGCCUUUGUCAUGUGGGGAGCCGCCUUGGGCUGGCUUGCCUUUGCCAUCUUCGCCAUCUCGACUACCAGGUCGUUUCCCUUCAACAUGGGCUGGUGGGGUUUCACCUUUCCGUUAGGAGUGUUCACCACAUGUACUGGUCUGAUGGCCACCGAACUUUCGAGUAUAUUUCUCAAAGUCCUGACCGAGAUCUUCUCUAUCUUGAUUUUGUGUCUCUGGGCUGUCAUCGCUGCUAAGACUGUCCUCUUGGCUCUAACCGGCGACAUGUUUUAUGCCCCCUCUAUGGCCUCGACCGUGCGGGCCUCCAGCCCAGUUCUGCGCGAUUUCGCAGACGGAGCCACUGACAUAUGGCAUCACUACCGUAUUCCAAUCAUCCUUUCCACAUUUGCCAUCUUGGUUUCCCUGCGCAUAUAUUUCUUCUUUACGGACAAAGGUGAUGAUCAUAAGGAAGGUCUACUUGUCUUCCCCAAGAUCUACAACGCAGAUGAUGCGACAGACAAAUCAAAAGUAGACGACAGAGCCGAGAAAGCGCCAGCAACAGUGAUUGCCGAAGUAAGCAGCCUAGGAGACGAAAAGAGAGGCAAUGCUGCUCUGGUAUCCACAGAAAAGCCUGCAAGUAGGUCGGCGACAACGGCAGCUGGGCCGCGAAGAAUCAAGGGCGAGUUGCCUGUUGGGCGUGGCCGGGCAGAGAACGGCGUAGCAACCGCUCGCUCGUCUAUAAUACAAUCCGUUAUCUUCUUUUCUUCCCUGACCGGGGCUACGGCCAAAAUUGUCCAAGACUAUGCUACAAAGCUGGGCGAAUCUCUAGAGUCUCACGAGAAAAGCAAGGGCACUACCUUUGCGGCUCCCCAAGUCUUGGAUCUGGCUGAGGUGGACUACGACGAGUACUUUAUCACACCGCCGACUCUCACGAAAACAGCCGAUGGCGAGGGCGAUGGCUCAGCAGCCGACUUCUUCUACCUCUUCCUCAUUCCAAGCUACAACAUCGAUUCGAUCAACGAUACGUUCCUCGAACAUCUCAAGGAGACACACCACGACUUCCGCAUUGAUACAGCACCUCUGACGCCUCUGAUCGGCUACUCUGUCUUCGGCUUUGGCGACAAGGAGGGCUGGCCCACGGAGGAGGAAGGCUUUUGCACCCAGGCCAAGGAGAUUGACAAGUGGAUGGCCAAGCUGUCGGGUCGCAAGCGAGCCUUCCCGCUGGGCUUUGGUGACAGCAAGUCCGAUGCGAUGGUGCGGCUGGCCGAGUGGUCAGACGGUGUUGUGGAAGUGCUUGAUAUAUUUUCGCAAACCGGUAGUCUGGGCGAAGGCGUACCUGGCUCGGGCGAUCCUACCGAAAGCGACGAUGAAGAGGCUGACGACGAGGAUGCGGAGUAUGAAGACGAUGAGGUGCUCUUCAGCGAGGACGCGGCUCGAAGUGCAAACGUAAACCGCCUCAAGAAGACGGGUAUCAUCGACGACGUCGAGGAUCUGGGCCGGAUCCUGCAAGAGUCCCAGGAAGACAGCAAGGCGAGCACAACGCCGGCACCGAUUGCUGUUGACUUCACCUCUUACGAUGGCACCGGAAAGGGCCCACGUCGUGCAGGACGUGGGACCAAAGCGGCGCCGGCACCGACGAUUGUGCGGGAGAUGGUGGCCAAGGACUCUCCCACGUACAAGUCCUUGACGAAGCAGGGGUACGCAGUGGUGGGGUCGCACUCUGGGGUCAAGAUUUGUCGGUGGACCAAGUCGGCGCUGCGUGGCCGUGGAUCGUGCUACAAGUAUUCGUUCUACGGCAUCCACUCGCACCAGUGCAUGGAGACGACGCCAUCGUUGUCGUGUUCCAACAAGUGCGUUUUCUGUUGGCGUCACGGCACCAACCCGGUGGGCACGUCGUGGCGGUGGGUGGUCGACCCGCCCGAUCUCAUCUUCAACGGGGUCAAGGCCAACCACUACCAGAAGAUCAGGACUCUGCGCGGCGUGCCUGGCGUGCGUGCCGAGCGGUUUGCCGAGGCGAUGCGCAUCCGGCACUGCGCGCUGUCGCUGGUGGGCGAGCCGAUCUUCUACCCGCACAUCAACGAGUUCUUGGGCAUGCUCCACAGCGAAGACAUCUCAUCCUUUCUGGUGUGCAACGCGCAGCACCCGGACCAGCUGGCAGCGCUGCACCACGUUACGCAGCUGUACGUGUCGAUCGACGCGGCCAACCGGGACUCGCUGCGCAAGAUCGAUCGGCCGCUGCACCGCGACUUCUGGGAGCGGUUCCAGCGCUGCCUGGAGAUUCUGCGCGAGAAGCGCUUUCGCCAGCGGACGGUGUUCCGGCUGACGUUGGUCAAGGGCUUCAACAUCGAGGACGAGGUGCGUGGCUAUGCGGAUCUGGUAGAGAAGGCGCUGCCGUGCUUCAUCGAGAUCAAGGGGGUCACGUACUGCGGCACAUCCACGUCUGCCGGUGUCGGGCUGACGAUGGCCAACGUGCCGUUCUACCACGAGGUGUGCGACUUUGUGGUGGCCCUGGACAAGGAGCUGCGGGACCGGGGACUGGCGUACGGACUGGCGGCCGAGCACGCGCACAGCUGCUGUGUGCUGAUUGCGAGCGAGCGCUUCCGGGUGGACGGGCGGUGGCACACGCUGAUCGACUACGACAAGUUUUUUGCGCUGCUGCGCGAGAAGGGACCAGACGGCGACUUCUCGCCCGAAGACUACAUGGGCGAGGCAACACCGGAAUGGGCCAACUGGGGUCAAGGCGGCUUUGACCCGCGUGACCAACGGGUGGAUCGCAAGGGUCGUCCAAUCAUGGCGAACUAG